CUGUCUAAUACUCUGUCGACGUUAUCAAGAAAAUUUGCGAAAAAAAUCUGUGUGAAAAUUGUUAUUAAUCUUAUGUCAUUAGAUAAAAACGAUGUUUGUAUUGUCUGUGUCUAUAUUUACAAUAGAUUUAAAAUAUUCGGUCCUUUUAUUGAUAUUAUCUCAUCACUUAGUUUUAUGCGCGGCUAAAGAGUCUGAUUGGUCGUAUUCGGGGGAUAAUGGUCCGACAAAUUGGGGAGGUCUAUGCGUGACUGGAAAGAAACAAUCACCAAUAAAUAUCGUCACUGAAGAUACCAUUAAUACCGAUAUUGGCGAACUUAAAUUCAUAAGAUAUGAUUUUGCGUUUGAAUGCAAAAUCACGAACAAUGGUCAUUCUGUGCAACUUCAAUUAUCUGGUGUACCGGUUCAUCUUGAAGGGGCAAAUCUUGAAUCCACAUAUAUCCUAGAGCAAAUACAUUUUCAUUGGCCUGCCGAGCACACCGUGGAUAACAAUCGUGAUGCAUUAGAGUUACAUUUCGUGCAUUACAAAGAACAAUAUGGCAAUACAAGCGCUGCAUCGAAGCAUGAAAAUGGAAUUGCUGUUGUCGCCACAUUAUUCGAGUUGGAUAGCGAAGACAAUAUGGAAAUAAUGCCAAUACUGAAAGCAACGGAAUUAAUAUCUAACGGAAUCGGGAAGAGUACAGAGUUAAAUGAAAGCAAGUUUAUCCCUUCUCUCUUUUUACCGAAAGAUCAUACAACGUAUUAUCAUUAUGAUGGAUCUUUCACGACUCCUGGAUGUCAAGAAACUGUGAUGUGGUAUAUUCUUACUGAAAAAUUGUCGGUAUCAGAACAGCAGUUAAACAUUUUUAAAAGUGUAGAAACAAGAAAUGGCACUUUGAGUUUCAAUUACAGGCCGACUCAAGCAAUUGGAAAAAGGACAAUUUAUCACCAUCUGCUUGGAUAUUCUACCGCAGGUAUUGUUUCUUGUAAUUUACUUAAUGUAUAUCUUAGUCUUUUUCUAAGCAAAUUUUUAUUGUACAAUUAAAUUUAAAAAAAAUUUUAAUCAAUCUUUAAUAAGUGACAAAAUUCAAUGAAUGUUAUUAUUACAUACAUAUACCAUUAACCAUCUCACAUCAUGCAGAACAAUAAUAUAUUUUUAUAGCAUAUUAAAUUAUUAUUCGUAAAAGAAAUUGUAUGUAUUCAUUUGUAUAUAUAUAUAUAUAUAUUAUAUUAUUGUAUAUUAUUUGUAUAUAUACUAUGUAUAAGUAAAUGUAUUUAUGAAUGUUCAAAUAAUAUAUAUACGAAAAUUAAGCAAUACCUAACAUAUACAUAAAUAAUACGAUUCAUUGUACAAUGCAUAACAUGAUGAGUGCUGUGUUGUAAGUAUAUAUCUAUACGUAUGUAAUAUAAUGUAUAAAAUUGAAAAUGUUUAAAACAAAAUCAACAAUAAACAAAAAUAUGAUAAUUGUUAAAAGAAGUCGUUGUAAAAGGGAUAUUUGUUCCUAUAAAUUGAUUAUGAAACAAAUAAGA